ACAGCCCCUCCACUUUGCCCCCAGUGGCCUUCCUGCCCAGUCUGGAGAGGCAGCCGGAGCGGGCAAUGGGUUCCCGUUGUGCCAAGCUCAGCACAGGCCACAGCCGGGGCCACGAAUCGUCCAUGAAGAAGCUCGUGGCCUGCGUGAGUCAGGAUAACUUCUCCUUGUCGUCCGAGGCUGAGGAGGAGGAGGAGGAGGAGGAGGCAGAGGCGGAGGAGGAGGAAGAGCUCCCGGUGCAGGGCAAGCUGCUGUUGAUGGAGUCCGAGCGGCAGGAGGAGGAGAGCGCCGAAGAAGACCCUGUGGCCCAGCAGAACCCCGAGCCCAAGCAGACGCACUCCUGACCCAUGACGGUGGCCCAGGAAGAGGGGCCUGGCACUGUUCCAGCGAGAAGAACUUUCAGAAAAGAGUCAAUAAAAAGUCUCCAAGGA